AUGGGUUCUAUAAGACAUCCGUCGCAAAGUGCAGCUGAUGCUUCUGGACUCGGGGCCAAUGCCACCAUUCUCUACAAUCGUCGUUCCGCUUUCAGCCUCAGCCAAGGUGAUAUGACUCCAGAUGACCAGCUAUGCGAGCGGUGCGCUCGUUUUGAUCUGGACACCAUUUCCUCCCGUGACACAGUCCAUCGAAUGUGCGGCGAAAUGAUUGCCAUUCUUGGACUCGUGGAUAAGAGUUGGAAAGAGCGAGCAUGUGCCUUUUGCAGGCUAAUCGGAUCACUCAUGGUCAAUUAUCCGUCCAAAAAAACUCUAGGGGUAUCGGCAAUGCCGGUGCAAUGGAUGGUAGCUUACGCUGUCCCUGGUGUCGGAGCAGCCUUUCUUGGACUGCACGAAUAUGGAUCUGGUGUGGGCUCAUCGCACUGGCAGCCCUGUUCGAUUGGCCGUAUUACGCCUCAGGAUCAGCUAUCAGAGAUUCGCAGUGAUCUGAUGCAACGAAUGCUUAUGCAUUGCUCACUGAAUCACCGCGUGUCUUGCAGCCUUAGUCGCCAGGAUAUCGAUCGCGGGAUACCAUUCCUCAGUCUCAUAGACUGCCGAAACAGGACCAUUGUCACUCCGAAUCUCAUGCCUAUGCCGCGGUUCACGGCGCUAAGCUACGUAUGGGGGUCCUCAGGCUCAGGGCCAUCUCAGCCACGCGACUACACUCAGCUUGGUAACGCAGAUCAAGUCAUUAAGGAUGCCAUCAGCGCGACUCUCCGUCUAGGCUACGAUUACCUUUGGGUAGAUCGUUACUGCAUUACGCAAGAGGGCAACGAGCACAAGCAUGAACAAAUACAGAACAUGCAUCGUGUGUAUCGACAAGCGGAAGUCACCUUGAUAGCCGCCGCGGGUAAGGAUUCGCAUCAUGGGUUACCAAGUGUCAGUCUUACACCGAGGGCUCCACAGCCGUGCGCGAGAAUUAAUGGUGCAGUCUACGUUUCGACUCUUCGGCCCCCUCCUGAACUGAUCGAUAAAUCCGUUUGGGCUACAAGAGGCUGGGCAUACCAGGAGGCCAUUCUUUUAAGACGACGGCUGUAUUUCACCGACGAGCAAGUUUAUUUCGAUUGCAAAGCCAUGGCCUGCCGCGAAGCCAUUGUGCCAAAUCUAUGUACCCGGCCUCGCGAAAUCAGCGUACAUGAUGCACAAUAUCCCCAUAGCUUAUUUCGUCAUAUCAAAGCAUACAACCUUGUCAUACGACCAUGACAUCUUGAACGGACUCUCUGGCAUAUUGCAACUUUUCUCGGAACAGCGCACAGCCUUUCAUCAUUGGGGUUUGCCCAUUGCCCCCCCACAUUUUACGAAUACCUUCAUAUCUGCGAAGACAGCGGGAGGGGCAUCCCCAGUUAACCGUUUCACAUUUGAGCUUCUGUGGACUCCAUUACAUGGGCCCAUCCAAGCUCGCUCGGGAUUUCCCAGCUGGUCUUGGACAGGAUGGAAAGGCCCGUAUGUUGGUCCAACGACUUGCUCAACAUCACGGCAAUAUGGUCAGUCGAAGUGCGCAUUGUCCUCGAGAACAACAGGUCACUGGAUUGGGCAGAUUACGAACUUCUGGACGCAGAAAGAAAGGAUGACCUGAAGGCAACGCAGUUCCUCGAUACGAGCGUCAACAAUCAAAGUUGGGGUCCGAAAAUAUGAAAACUACAAAGACAGGGAAGGCCCGUGGCGAUCUGUCAUUCUCCAC